CGCUCCGUCAUUCCCCUACCCACCCACUCAAUGCGGCCGCGAGUGUGAAUCGGAUUCGCACCCCACCACCGCCGCGCCCCGCCGCAGCUUAGCGGCGCCGCCGACGCCUCGCCCGCCUAAACCCCUCCCCCUCCCCACAGGAAACCUCUCGCGCGCGUCGCCGCCAUCGCCGUUCCCCUUCUACCUCGUCGCGUCCCUGCCGUUUCCGCCUAGUCCGCAACCUUGGGCAUUGGUUUUUCCAGGCGUUUGAUGUGGUUCAUCUAAGCCAUAGGACGCCCAAUUUGUUUGUUUAAUUCUAAGCACGCUUCUGACACAAAAUGUCAUUGCUUCUUCGCUUCAAUCAAUUGAGGAACAGCAUGUGGAGUAGUUGCCCUGCCAGGUUGCUUAUGCCACAUGCUGGAUUGUCACUUGGAAAGUUGCUUGAUCCAAAAAGCUAUGAGAGGCGCCUUUUCUCAACAAGUGUUCAAGACACGGCUAGUUUGCACAGUGCGAGCCUGGGUUCAUGUAUUUCCGGAAUUCAGCCAUUAAAGUUUCAGCAGACUUCUGAACAUGAGCCAUCUGUGCCUCUUCUUAUCUUUGAUAUUGAGACCACUGGUUAUUUCCAGAAGAUCACUGGUAAUGUCCAGAAGGGUAAUAGAAUCACUGAGUUUGCAGUCCGUGAUCUUUGUGGAGGAAAGAAUAGCACAUUUGAAACUCUCCUUAAUCCUGAGAGGGAUGUUCCUGAAUACCUUGCAACUGUCAAUAACAUUAACACUGAUUUGGUGUGCAGACCUGAUGUCCCGAGGUUCAGUGAUGUACUUCCAUUACUACUGGCAUUUGCUCGAAGCCGCCAAACUCCUGGCAAACCAGUUAUAUGGGUUGCCCAUAAUGUAAAACGAUUUGAUGGCCCUUUCCUUGCCCAAGAGUUUGAUCGUUGUUCAGCUCAGAUCCCUGAAGAUUGGCUGUUUGUUGACACCUAUUGCUUGGCAAGGAAAUUGCCUAAGCUUCUGCCAUCAGAAGAUAAGAAACAUCUCCUAAACUUGGAGUCACUAUGCAAACGCUAUGAGAUCUCUGUGGAAGGCCCUUCUCAUAGAGCAAUGCAAGAUGUGAUGGCAUUAUGUCAUGUUUUUCAGAAAAUGAGUUUUGAUCUACAACUGACACAUGAAGGAUUAAUGAAUGAGGCCAUCAACGCUAGUUAUUUCAGCAAGUAUCUUAACUAAACAUUUGUUGUUUCCAGCUUCCUUGUUAAGUGGUUACAUUUAUUUGACUUUCCCCAAUAGGAUUAGCCUCUCCUUCACAUUGCUGGAUAUUAUUGCCUUUUGUUGAAACAUCUCAAGAAUUAUGGCUUCUUUUUAUUGAAAAGUAACUGCAUUUGUCAGUGAAA